AUGGAAUGGUGCAAUCAAAGUACUUCUAUCAAGUACCUGUUCAAAUACAUAAAUAAAGGUUCUGAUCGCAUUUCUGUUGUUAUUCAAACUUCUGACAACACUACUUGUGCUAACAAAAAUCACAUUGAUGAAAUCAAGCAAUAUAUAGAUUGUCGAUACAUCUCCCCAAGUGAAGCAUGUUGGAGGAUAUUUGUGUAUUCUAUUCACGGUAGGAAGCUAGCUGUUGAAAGAUUGUAUUUUCACUUAGAAGGAGAAAAUUAUGUAUACUAUAAAGACUUCGAGCAAAUUGGGAAUGUUUUACUCAAACCAAGUGUAACCGAAUCAAUGUUUACAGCAUGUUUUGAGGCAAACAAAAAAUUUGAAGAUGCACGAUUGUUAACAUAUGGUGAUUUUGUCUCUAAGUUUGUUUACCAUAAACCAAGUAGGAGUUGGAAACCUAGGAAAAAAGGGUAUACCAUUGGUCGUCUUAUUUGGGUUCCUCAAAGCACAUGUGAAUUAUUUUAUCUACGGAUGAUGUUGACUUUCAAAAAGGGGCCAUUAUGUUACAAAGAUAUCAAAUUUGUUGAUGGUGUACAAUACAACACUUUUAGAGAAGCAUGCUUUGCUAUGGGAUUCUUACAAGAUGAUAGAGAAUUUAUUGAGGAAAUUAAGGAGGCCCAUGUUUGGGGUUCUGAUGUAUUUUUACGAAAAUUGUUUGUUACAAUGUUGUUAUCAUCAUGCAUGAAUAGACCCGAACAUGUUUGGAAUAGUUCAUGGUUCUACUUAUCAGAUGGUAUUCUUUAUGAAUAA